GCUCGUGUUGAACAUAUACGAAAGUGAAGGAUGUCGACUCCUGCAAGGAAGAGAUUGAUGAGAGAUUUUAAGAGGUUGCAGCAAGACCCGCCUGCUGGAAUUAGUGGUGCUCCUCAAGACUCUAAUAUUAUGCUCUGGAAUGCAGUUAUAUUUGGGCCUGAUGACACCCCAUGGGAUGGAGGUACGUUCAAAUUGACACUUCAGUUUACGGAAGAUUAUCCAAAUAAACCGCCAACUGUCCAUUUUGUUUCUCGGAUGUUCCACCCUAACAUUUAUGCAGAUGGAAGCAUUUGUCUGGACAUUCUACAAAAUCAAUGGAGUCCAAUAUAUGAUGUUGCAGCUAUACUCACAUCGAUCCAGUCCUUGCUCUGUGACCCGAAUCCAAACUCUCCUGCAAAUUCAGAGGCUGCAAGAAUGUUUAGCGAGAACAAGCGUGAAUACAAUCGGAGAGUCCGCGAAAUUGUUGAGCAGAGUUGGACUGCUGAUUGAUUUGUCCAAUAGCUUGUCUGAAUAACAAUGUAACUUGCACAUUAUGUUGAAACUCUUUUGACUUGAUAUGCUUUGCUGCUUUUAUUAGGACGGUUGGGCCUCUUAUAUCAAAAUGUUUGCUGUACCUGCUUAUUCGCAGUUUGUCAA